GAACCUCAGAGACAGAGUACCCUACUCUUGCAAUUUCCCGGUUAAAUCACUUCUAAACCCUAAUUCACACAUUCAUUCAUUCAUAAAUCAAAGCAAAAGCAGGAGAGCAAGCAUAGGGCUGAGAUUCCGGCUCCAAUUCCUCCGUCUCAAGAUGGCAUCCGCCGCCGCCACCUCCUCCACCGCCACUAUGUUCGGAUCCGCCGCCGCCUCAGAUGGCUGCUCACGCCGAGUUUUCGUUACGACCACUGUCCAGGUGCGCGCCUCGCAGAGUUCUCCGGCCUUCCUUAGAACGAGUAGAGCUAUCAAAACUUACGCCUCCUGCAGCAAUUCGUCCGUUGUAAAUGAACCUCAAUUGGGGAGAUGGCAUAUGAAGUUGUCAAUUGCUGCAUUGGUCACUGAGGCAUCUGCUAAGGUUAUUGAUGGAAAAGCCACUGCGAAAGAGAUCAGAGAGGAAAUAGCUGCUGAAAUAUCAAAAAUGAAGGAAUCUAGCGGUGUUGUUCCUGGACUGGCUGUUAUUCUUGUUGGAGAGAGGAAGGAUUCUGCAACUUAUGUACGGAACAAGAAAAAAGCGUGUGAAGCAGUUGGGAUCAAGUCAUACGAAGUACACUUAGCUGAAGAUUGCUCAGAACAAGAAGUCCUUGAGCAUAUCUCAGCCUUCAAUGAUGAUCCCGCAGUUAAUGGUAUCCUUGUUCAGUUGCCUCUACCUUCCCAUAUGAAUGAGCAAAAUAUCUUGAAUGCUGUCUGCAUUGAGAAAGAUGUUGAUGGAUUUAGCCCACUGAAUAUUGGCCGCCUGGCUAUGAGAGAUAGAGAACCACUAUUUGUUCCGUGUACGCCCAAAGGAUGCAUAGAGUUGUUGCAUAGAUAUGGUGUUCCAAUCAAGGGAAAGAGGGCCGUUGUAAUAGGCAGGAGUAAUAUUGUUGGAAUGCCAGCUGCUCUUCUCUUGCAAAGAGAAGAUGCCACUGUUACAGUUGUCCACUCAAGAACAAAGAAUCCUGAGGCUAUCACUAGAGAAGCAGACAUUGUAAUCACUGCGGUGGGACAGCCAAACAUGGUCAGAGGUAGCUGGAUCAAGCCUGGUGCUGUUGUCAUCGAUGUUGGAAUCAAUCCAGUCGAGGACACGAGCUGCAGUCGUGGAUAUCGGCUCGUUGGAGACGUAUGUUAUGAGGAGGCUAGCAAGAUUGCUUCAGCCAUCACUCCGGUUCCUGGGGGAGUUGGGCCUAUGACCAUAGCAAUGCUUCUCUCCAACACUCUUUCUGCAGCUAAGCGAGCUUACAAUUUGGAAUGACAUUGUCUCAGCUAUGGAGAAUAAGGAGCAAAAUUUUGGGUUGAACUUUACCUCGCUUUAGUAUUUCCUCUUAAAUUGAAAGAUGUAAUGCUGCUUAUUUAGUAGUAAUGCGUUUUCCGUGUUCCAAAUUAUCGCAUUUCUUCGAACUGAAUUUGGAAAGGCAAGUGAAGAUUAUAGGCUACUGAAUCAGAUCUCUGCAGAAGCAAAGUGGCUGCCUGACAAGCGCCUUCCGAUGACACGUGAAAAGCCCGUGCUGACAUGAAGACUCAGAUCGCCUCCAUUGUGUAUGAUUAUAACAGUUUUACCAAAUUACAUACAGAUUGAUUCAUCUUCCUUUA